GCUCCAACCCACGUGACCGGAAGUAAAUACGGUUCAGCAGCAAUUCCCGCGUUCGGCGACUUUUGUCUUUCAAUCACUAGCGUAAACUUGAAGUAGCAGCCAGUCGUUCCGGAUAUGGAUGACCUGUAUUUAGACAAUAUUGACGAAUUUGUCAAUGAUCAAAAUAAGAUCGUCACCUACAAAUGGCUCAGUUUAACUCUUGGAGUCCACGUCAACAUAGCAAAACAAAUGUUGUAUCAUUACCUGCAGCAGAAACGUAAUGAAAGUUCAGGCACUCCCCUUCAUGCCACCUACCUAGUAUCUGGGAAGUGUGUUGAGAAUGGUAGUACGUGCCACAAAGUGUCAGUAGUACGUGAGGACAAGCUUGAUGCUGUUAAAGCAAAGAUGGACAUGACCAUCAGUGUGCAUGUGUACAGUGUGCAGAGAGCCGAGCUGAAGGAUAGUUCACCACUUUACAAUACAGAUUAUGAUACUGUUAAGGAGAACCUAAAAAACUGCAACAAGUACAGCGCUAUACGUUGUGCUGCGGCGGUCUCUUUGUCAUCUGCGGAACUGCAAAGAGCUCAAGAGAUGGCUUUGGUCCCUCCAGUGGAGAAGGAAAUCAGUAAACCUGGCUUGAAUGAAAACACUUCAGCUACCUCCAAACCCAGUGCUAAGCAGCCCGCAGGCAUCAUGGGAAUGUUUGCAAGCAAAAAUGCUUCUAAGAGCCAAGAAUCCAGCAAGGAAGUGAAAACAGAGCAGAAAGAAGAUUCUUCUCUGGUUGAAACAUCAAAAAGCAAAACAGCCUCCAAAGCGAACCCGAUGAGUAACUUCUUUGGGAAGUCUGCCCAAAAAAAGGCUGAUGAAAAACCUAACAAAAGCAUUAAAGAAGAGAUGGACGGCAGCUCAACAGCAUUGGCUACUGCAAGUAUGAAACAGUCACAGACAUCUCCCAAAUCUGAGAUUGACAUUAAAGAGGAACAAUCCAAAGUGUCCAAUGCUUUGAAGGUUGAAUCAAAAGACACUCGAAAUAAAACAAAGCGCCCUGAGGUUGUGGACUGUGACGAUGAGAAAAUGGAGAGCCAGCAGAAGAAGAGACGGCGGAUAAAGAAGCCCCAGCCAGACAGCAGUGAUGAUGAAGUUGUGCCAGAUUCUCCACCCGUGCCUAAUGUACACACUCCCAGCCCUAAAAAACAAGUGACGAGAGAGCCUGUUUCACACCAAGAAGAGAGUUCAGAGGUGAAGAGGAGGAAAAGAAGGCGUGUUUUGAAGUCUAACACAUUUGUUGAUGAAGACGGUGCCUUUGUGACCGAGAAGGGUUAUGUGAGCGAGUCUUACUCUGAGAGUGAAGAGGAACCUGAACCCAACAGUCAAGCCAAAGACUCGAGCUCACUCAAGCAGUCAUUUGGAAAAAGAAAGGAAGAGAAAAAAGAAAAGAGUCAGAAGAAGACCUCUACUGCUAACAAACCUACAAAACAGCCAUCCAUCAUGGGAUUUUUCAAGAAGAAAUAACUUUUAAUUCUUUCAUGGAAUUUAAAGGAAUAGUUCACCUGGAAGCGAAAACACGAGGAUGAAGAAAUAAUGCCUUCAUGUUUUUUUGGGUGAAAUAUCCCUUUAAGCACUUAAUUUUCAGCAGUGACAUUCCCAUGAACCACAUCUGAUGCUGUAAGGAGGAAAUCAAUCUUCAUUGUCGCUGUCACUCUUCAGACAUUGAAACAGGAGAUUUCUGCUUCUACAUGAACAACACUUAUCCAUUCAACUUCACUUGCUGGAUUUCAGUUCUGGGCCUGAUAGGAUUGUCUGUUGUAGUAUGUAAAUGUAUGAUCCUGCUGAUCGAGCAGAUUUCUUUACUAUAAGCCAACCUGCACAU